GCUUCGCAGCGCCCACCGGCGCGCCGCCCAACUUCUCGUCCCCCUCCGGCCCCCCGCCGAGCCAUGUUGCUGCGCAGGCCACCUCCACCGAGCCGAGCAUGGCGCAGAUCGUGGCAAUCUUGAAGCACACUGUGGCAGACCAGGGUAUUCAGGCCUUCUAUCCGGCGACGCAGCAGGGCCGCCUCGAGGGCAUCGCCAACCACAUUAUCCAGACGCGUGCCGUGUCGCAGCUCGCCGCCCGCUGGCGCAUCCCUACUGAGAAGGCGCUCGAGUUUACCAAGCUCGCGCUGUUCGACAUCGUGCUCUUCCUCGACGAUUCGGGGUCCAUGCGCGGAUACGAGGAGGGUGCGCGUAUCGAGGAUCUCAAGGUUAUCCUUAGCUACGUUGCCUUUGUCGCGAGCCUCUUCGACGCCGACGGCAUCGAAGUGCGCUUCCUCAACUCGAGCGCCAUGGGGAGCGGCAUCAAGAACGACGCCGACGUUCAGAAGCUCGUUGAGGCCAACCCAUUCAAGGGUGUCACCAAUCUCGGCAAGGAGAUGUGGGGCAAGGUGCUUGACCCGCUGAUUGUGCGCCCGGCGCAGAAGGGUACGCUCCAGAAGCCCGUGCUGGUCAUCUCGAUUACGGACGGCGAGCCGUACCCCGAACCCGCCAGCAAGAUCCGUGAUGUUAUAAAGGACACGAAGAAGGCGCUCAAGAAGACGCGGUACGGCGAGGACGCGCUGUCGCUCCAGUUUGCGCAGGUCGGCAACGACAAGGCGGCGCAGGACUUCCUGGCUAAGCUCGACGACGACAGUGCUAUCGGCGGCCUUGUCGACGUCACAUCCAACUACGAGUGGGAGCAGGCCGAGAUCAAGCGCAAAACAGGCAAGGACCUGACGCCUGAGGACUGGCUGAUGAAACUCCUCCUCGGCGCGGUCGACACCAAGUACGAUGCGCAGGACGGAGGACCCAAACAGAAGAUUGGCUCCAAGUUCAAGAAGUUCUUUGGCUAAGCAGUGACGUGCCGUGGUAGCUUGUCCCCUGGAGAGGGCAUGGAUCCAGUUCUAUGUAGAGC